CUGUUUACCUUUCGCAGGAUACUGAAUCUUUACUUGCCGUGUCCGCUUACCUUUAAUCUAGUAAUCAUCAGUGUACAUCUGUUCAGGAGUAUGGCAUCAAGACAGAGGCAACGCAGGCAAGCUCCGCCACGAGCUCCUCGAGCUCCAGCACUUGCUAAUCCACCUCCAGGUACUUUUAAAUGUCAAUAAAGAAAAUGUGCUGAGCUCUUUUCUCUUGAAUCAAACAAAAAAAAGUGCCGACCUCCUGUUUUGCAUCAGCAUGUGUUAUCUUUGUUGACAGAAAAUUUGAGGCGUGGGGAAUUUGUAUAUGUAGUGCCAUGGGAUUCAGUCCCCACAUCUCUGAUCGAGGAACUGGAAGCAUUUGAAGCCAAUAUGGAGCCAGCCCACCCUGAGCAACGCUUAAAAAAAUGGAUAGGAAGAGAUUUAUAUAUGCAUAUGAAGAGUUUAAAACAACGUUUGUUGCUCGAACAAAAACAACUGGAAUGGCAAUUUACAGAUCAGUUACAACUGAGGUUAUUGGCAAGUUCAAGUACAGCUUUAAAGUCAUUAUAUAUUGAAGGAGUUGAACUGGAUGAUGGCUAUGAGACAUUCCUGGAAUGUUUUUCAACCAGCAUGGAAAACAGGGGUAGAGGAUCGACUUCAGUAGAAAGAGUGGUGCCUCAAGCCAGGUUGGCACGGGGGCAAGUUGUAGUUGAACAAGAGAUGUACAGCCCUCCUGUUGAGGAAGAGGAAGAACAAACUGCGUAUAAGACAAGGCUUCUAGAAAUCUAUAGGACAGUGCGCGCCAGUAACUGGCCAACACUUGAGAUAGAUGAAAAGAUGCAUAAAUCUUAUGCUCUUCAAAGGCAAGAUAUCCUCAAUUACGCCACUGUUAAUGAAAUUGACGAUGAGGAUGAGGAAUCAGAAGAUAAUCCUCAAGGUGUUAGACAAAUUGCUGUAAUUCGGAGGCACUGGCCUUUUCUAUUUGAGACCAAAUGGCAGGCACGCCACUUCCAGCAGUUAAUUGGCACAACAAUUGAUACAGCUAUUCAAGAUUUUACAACCAAUUACUCUGAAAUGCUUAUGGACUAUUUAACUUCAUGUGGUUCAGAGAAGGCAAUGGCAGCGAUGAUCACGAUCACAACAAUGGUUAUCCGCGUGGAAGAUGGGAAGCGAGAAGGGACUUAUGUUUACCACUGCGAAGAUGGCUUCUAUUACCAUUUUAAUAAUGGCAACGACUACGGCCAAAAUGAGGGCAACGCAACGUUGUUGCAUUUACGUUGUGUCAAAAGGUACAAGCGUUCAUGUAUGGGCACAGCCAAGAUUGAAGUUACCGACGACGGAGCCGUGUGGACGAAUAUGGGACGCCACUCCUGUGCUCCCAACCCAACUCGUCAUCAAGUAAUGCACUUGCGACAAGAUAUUCUAGUAGAAUCAGUUGAGAACUUCAAUCGACCUUACGAAGCUCCAGCAGCUCUGGUUGAGAGAGUGAGGGCACGAUAUCCAGUGAAUGUGGCUGUUCAAGUGCCUCCAACUCGCAUGAGAGCUGCCAUCUACCGAAGCCAGAAUUCCCUUUAUCCUCUUGUUCCAAGGUCCUUAAAUGAGUUGGGGAAUGUUUUCAAUGACCCCCAAUGGCACCACUUGACCUCAUCUCUGGACGGCACUGAUAACCUUUUCAGUGGGGUGGUCAAUUCUCCUGAUGGCGGAACUGGAAUAGUAUUUGUUUCAAGACGCUGCAGACGGGUGCUCAGACGAAUGCGAACUGUAUUCUGUGAUGGGACGUUUGGCAGUCGUCCUGGCCAGCCUCACUCUGCCCAAGUGCUUCAAAUAGUGGCUGUGAUAAAUGGAGCUGUGACACCAUUGGUACAAGUUUUACUGAGUAGUAAAAGUCAACUGCUGUAUGAAGCAACCCUUCGACACAUCCAAAGACUUGUUCCUGGAUUUCGGCCCAACUGUGUAAUGACGGAUUUUGAGACUGCUUUGCAAAAUGCAUGGAAAGCAGUUUUCCCUCGGUGUCAGGUUUAUGGUUGCUACUGGCAUUACUGCAGGGCUGUACUACUGAAAGCAAGGGCUUUAGGACUGACACAGCUGAUGCGAGACAAUCGAGUCCUGAGGAGCCUUGUAAGAGCAUCUCUAGCUCUGCCACUUCUUCCAGCAGGCCUGAUUGAUCGAGGUCUUCGAACCCUUAUUCUUGAAGCCCAACGUAGUGGACAUUUUCCUGUGCUUGAGCCUUUUUUCACCUACUGGGUAGAAACCUGGGGAAACCCACGCUUCUUCAGAUACCUGUCUGUAUAUGGUCUCAAGCACAGAACAAAUAAUGUUGCUGAAUCUGCUAAUCGUCUCCUAAGGUCAAAGACAGGGGCGCAUCGGCCAGGCUUGUGGCACUUUCUGUCGGCUUUGAGGAGGCAUGAGCAUAGUACAUACCUCAAGCUUAUGUCUGCUGAAUUGGGUCUUCGUGCCAACAGAAGCCGAAGGGUGUCUGCCAUCAACAAUGACAGGAAAAUUCGGAAUUACCAGGGUCAGAUGUUUCAAGGGGAGAUAAGCAUCAACAAGUUCUUGCAUUUGGCUUCCACUCGUGUACUACGUGUUUUUGAUGUCAUCAUUUUGAAUGCCUGAUCUGUUCAUUGGUACAAUCUCUAGUCAUUCUUUGUUUCACACAC